AUGUCGCAAAUGAGACUGCGCGUCGACGGGCGGACGUUCCGCGAUCCCCAGAAUCGUGAGGUCACACUCCACGGCAUCAAUUGCGCCGCGGACGCGAAGCUCCCCGCAACCCCAGAUUUGCCGUCGCACAUUUCUGAGAAGUUCUUUGACGGCGAUAACGUAUCGUUCGUCAACCGACCAUUCUCUCUGGAAGACGCUGGCACGCACUUUUCACGGCUAAGGAGCUGGGGCUACAAUACUCUCCGGUACAUCUUCACCUGGGAGGCAAUAGAGCAUGUGGGGCCGGGGAGGUACGACGAGGAGUGGAUAGACCACACAAUAUCGGUCUUAAGGAAAGCGAAGGAGUAUGGAUUCUACAUCUUCAUGGACCCGCACCAGGAUGUGUGGUCAAGAUUCUCCGGAGGUUCUGGGGCGCCCAUGUGGACACUCUAUGCGUGUGGUCUCAAUCCGCAACAUUUCGCCAUCACCGAGGCGUCGCUCGUUCAGAACACCUACCCAGAGCCGGACAAGUUCCCUAAGAUGAUUUGGGCGACCAACUAUACACGACUUGCGUGUCAGGUUCUCUUCACAUUGUUCUUUGGUGGACGGGACUUUGCGCCAAAAGCUAUCAUCGACGGCAAGAACAUCCAAGACUACCUCACAGAUCAUUACAUCGGUGCAAUCGAACACCUCGCCAAGCGCAUUCACGAGGCAGGCGACCUCGAGUACGACCCCAUUGUCGGUUGGGAAAGCCUGAACGAACCAAACAAGGGCUUGAUUAGCUACGAGGACAUUACUGUCGUCCCCAAGGAGCAGCAGCUCAAGAAGGGCACGACACCUACAGCGUGGCAAGCCAUACUAACCGGAUCUGGUCGGGCUUGCGAGGUUGAGACUUGGGACUUCGGUGGCAUGGGACCCUACAAGUCAGGGACAGCGUUGAUCGACCCUGAGGGUAAGACAGCAUGGCUAUCGAAAGACUACGAGGAAAGCCAUUACGGAUGGAAACGAGACCCUGGUUGGAAGCUUGGCGAAUGCAUCUGGGCGCAGCAUGGUGUCUGGGACCCGACCACUGACACCGUUCUCAAGAAGGAUCAUUUCGGAAUAGACCCCAAAAACGGUGCUAAGAUUGACACCGAGUACUUCACGAAUCACUACUGGAUGGCGCACUACCGCGCGUACAGCAAGAUGAUCAAGUCAGUCUUCCCUGACUCGCUUAUGUUCUUCCAGCCUCCGGUCCUCGAGAUACCACCCAGGAUCAAGGGCACUCCAGACGAUGAUCCAAACCUCGUCUUCUCGCCACAUUUCUACGAUGGCAUCACACUGCUGACCAAAAAGUGGAACAGAGUGUGGAACAUUGACGUCUUUGGUGUACUGCGAGGGAAGUACCUGACACCUGCGUUUGCUAUCAAGAUUGGAGAGAAUGCUAUCAGGAACUGCUUCGCCCACCAGCUGACAGCCAUCCGCGAAGAAGGAGCAGAGUACACGGGUGUACAUCCUUGCAUCUUUACUGAGAUCGGCAUCCCUUAUGACAUGGAUGAAAAGUAUGCGUACAAGACUGGCAACUACAGCAGUCAAAUUGCUGCGCUCGAUGCCAACCACUUCGCGCUUGAGGAAAGUCACGCAAAUGGGUUCGCCCUCUGGACCUAUGUCGCAACUAAUAACCACUACUGGGGCGACCAGUGGAACGGCGAAGACCUUUCAAUUUUCUCACAGAACGACAAAGCUGUACCUGCCGGUGCCUUCUCCCAAUCGGACUCCCGUGCGUCACUCGACCCGGACUCUCCUUCCUUUUCAAGAGCUCAAGCAUCAUCAGAUAAUCUCAGCGUGACGCCGAGCACGCUCAAGAAGACCAUCACGGAAGAGCGCAUGAGCUCGAGCAAGAGAGAGGGCGAUGUGGCAGGCCUGCGCGCAGCUGAAGCAUUCAUUCGUCCUACACCGGUCGCAGUACAUGGAGACGUUUCAUCGUACGGCUUCGACUUGAAGUCAUGUACUUUCAAGCUUGCGCUGCACGCACCAAGCUCAACGCCAGAGGAUGCACCUACAGUCAUCUACCUACCAGAGUUCCAUUUCCCCACAUCAACGGUUGAAGUUUCGGGUGGAACCUGGGAGAUCAGCUCAGACGACAAAGACGGCGUCCAGAAGCAAACUCUGCGAUGGCGGCACGCCGAAGGUGAUCAGACGAUCAGUGUGAAGGGCGUGGUGAGGAAGCAGGGCGGUGCGCUAGGUACAGAAGAGGACGAGGGGUAUCUGCAGCAGUGUCAGAAGCAGAACUGCGCAGUUAUGUAG